AUUGGAGGCAGUCACUCCGCCACCUACGCAACAUCUAUACAACUUCUGGGUGGUACAACUACAAUUCAUCCAAAUGCGUCUGAUUCUUGCCAUUCAUCUCCAGGCUGCGGCUCCACGCCGCAUUUGAUGGGCGGUCUCGAUGGUAGCGGUAUGCUGAACUCCUGCGCAAGCCUGAAUACGCCAGCGAGUACUAGUUUUCACAUGCCGACGGCCUCCGGCGGAGCAGGACUUGGAUCACUUGGACAAAGUACAGAAGUUGGAGGUCCCAACAUCAAUAAUCCAGCACAUGAUGUAGGACAGCAUGGACAGCUCCUGAGUUCGUCUUCAGUUGGUGGAGGUACUAUGAUGAACAUGGUCGUAGGCAAUCUAGCUAGUGC